AUGGUUCCUGGCUUCAUGGAGGCUAGGAACCGAUCAGCCCGCCCACCCGCCCCGCGUCUUUGGCGCCGGCCCGCUCGCCGGCCCGAGCGCAGGGGCCUGCUACACCCGGAUCUGGGGCCGCCGCUCAGGGGCGCUCAGGCCAGGGGCGCCGCAAGGGGAGAGUCCCUCGCGCCGCCGGGCUGGUUCCCCGCGCCCGCGCCCGGGAUGCCUUUUUACCGGCGCACGGUGGUGCCCCAGCGCCUCUGUCCACGCAACUCGCCACAGCCGCUGGCCGAGCUCCGCGACGUGAGCCACCUGGCCGCGCUCAGCCUGCUCCGGCAGCUCGCCGAUCUCUGUGGCCACUCGCUCGCUCUGCUCGAGGACCUCGAGGGGCACCUGCUGGCCCUGGGGCGCCGCACCGACAGUCUGUUUCGGCGCACCGUGCGGCUCCGCCGCCGCCUUCCCUGCCGCCUGCUUCGCUCUGAGGACUACAAGGAAGAGCUAGCUGACAAAGCAUUCUGGUAGAAGACUCCACUCCCAUUCCAGAACAGUGUGCGUUACUGUGUGGAGACCCAGUGUGAGUUCCUUCCUGGGGUUUCUUGGCACGGGCUGUG